AUGCAUAAACCCGAGUUAUCAGGUAGAUUGACCAAAUGGUCCGUAGAGAUUAGAGGAUAUGAUAUCGAAUAUAAGCCUAGAACAGCCAUUAAGUCUCAAAUCUUAGCCGAUUUUGUGGCAGACUUUACCCCCGCCAUGAUUUUCGAGGUCGAAAAAGAACUUUUGCUAACCUCAGGAAAGGCUUCGGGUAUCUGGUCUUUACACACAGACGGGGCUUCAAACCUAAAAGGUUGUGGAUUGGGCAUUGUUCUUAAGACCCCCGCCGGUGAUGCCAUUAAACAGUCGAUUAGAACUGUUAAAUUGACUAAGAAUGAAGCUGAGUAUGAGGCUAUAAUUGCAGGUUUGGAAUUGGCUCGGAGUUUGGGAGCCAAAAUGGUCGAAGCAAAAUGCAACUCUCUGUUGGUCGUUAACCAGGUAAAUGGCGUCUUCGAGGUCAAGGAUGAGCGUAUGCAAAGAUACUUGGAGAAAACUCAGGUGAUGAUAUUACACCGGUUUAAAGAAUGGACCAUGCAACAUGUACCCAGGGAGCAGAAUAAUGAAGCCGAUGCAUUGGCCAAUUUGGGCUCUUCAGUCGAGGCGGAGGAAAUCAACCCCGGUACCGUAGUGCAAUUGAUGAAUUCGGUGGUAGAAAACGGGCAGGCUGAGAUAAACACAAUGGGUCUAACUUGGGAUUGGCGUAACAGAUACAUCGACUACUUGCAAGAUGAGAAGCUCCCGAGUGACCCAAAAGAAUCACGAUCAUUCCGGACCAAAGCAGCUCGGUUCUACUUAAUAGACGGUCAAUUGUAUCGACGGUCUUUCUUGGGACCUCUGGCCAAGUGUUUGGGUCUCGGAGAAACAGAUUAUGUGAUGAGAGAAGUCCACGAGGGUACCUGUGGUAAUCACUCUGGUACGGAGGCCUUGAUUCAAAAAAUUAUCAGAGCCGGUUAUUACUGGAAUCGGAAGAAGGAUGAUGUGAAGAAUUUUGUCCGAAAAUAUGACGGGUGUCAAAGGCAUGCCCCGAUGAUUCAUCAACCGAGGGAGUUGCUGCACCCGGUGAUAUCACCUUGGCCGUUCAUGCAGUGGGGAAUGGACAUCGUCGGUCCUUUGACAUGGGCACCAGGUAAGGCUCGUUUCAUUCUGUUUAUAACUGACUAUUUCUCAAAAUAG